UACACGCCUAUUAGCAACGGGAGCUUGUUUUGACGAUAGAGCCGAAUCGCGCCUACUACUAUUACAUAGCACAUCAGCACCAGUUUGCACAAAUUGGGGGUCUGGCUGGACGACGUAGCACUUGGCUGGCGCAGUUCCUUUCCAACCAUCAUCCCUGGUGGCGGUGCGGUGUUCCGGUUUCAGUUUCCUGAUUUGAGUGGUCACUCGAUUUUGCUUUUUGGUGCGACAAAAUGGCUUUGGUCCGAUUGCUAGGCGCGGAGUGCCGCAAUGCCGUACAACGCAGCUACAGUACCGCCUCGGUCCCAACGACCAAGAUGUUCAUCGAUGGAAAGUUCGUGGAAUCGAAGACCACCGAAUGGAUCGAUCUGCAUGAUCCGGCCACCAACGCGGUAGUCACGCGUGUUCCCAAGUGCACCCAGAGCGAAAUGGAAUCGGCAGUGGAGUCCUCGAAGAAGGCAUUCAAGACAUGGAGUCAGACCUCGAUCCUGGGCCGCCAGCAGGUCAUGUUCAAACUGCAGCACUUGAUCAGAAACAACAUGUCCGAGAUAGCCAAGAACAUCACCAUAGAACAGGGCAAGACUCUGGUUGAUGCCGAGGGUGACGUCCUUCGUGGAUUACAGGUCGUUGAGCACUGCUGUAGCAUCACAUCUCUGCAGAUGGGUGAGACGGUGUCCAACAUUGCCAAGGACAUGGACACCUAUUCGUACACUUUGCCAUUGGGUGUGACGGCCGGUAUCUGCCCGUUCAACUUCCCUGCUAUGAUCCCGUUGUGGAUGUUCCCAGUUGCCAUUACCGUCGGUAACACCAGUAUCAUCAAGCCUUCGGAGCGUGUCCCUGGCGCUACUAUGAUGCUGAUGGAAAUGCUGAAUGAAGCUGGCUGCCCGCCGGGUGUGGUCAACGUUAUCCAUGGAGCCCACGAUGCCGUCAACUUUAUCUGUGACAACCCGGCUAUCAAGGCCGUUUCCUUCGUUGGAUCUGACCAGGCUGGCAAAUACAUCUACGAACGUGCUGGACGCAAUGGCAAGCGUGUCCAGUCAAACAUGGGUGCUAAAAACCACGGAGUUAUCAUGGCCGAUGCCAACAAGGAAAAUACUCUAAAUCAACUUGCCGGAGCUGCCUUCGGUGCUGCUGGUCAGCGCUGCAUGGCUCUGUCUACCGCCGUAUUUGUCGGAGAAGCUAAGCAAUGGAUUCCAGAUCUCGUUGAGCGCGCUCGCAAACUGAAGGUCAACGCUGGACACGUUCCCGGAACUGAUCUGGGCCCAGUAAUCUCCCCGCAAUCCAAGCAGAGAAUCAACGAACUGGUUGAGUCUGGAGUCAAGGAAGGUGCCAAGCUUGUUCUUGACGGACGUUCCAUCAAGAUUGAUAAGUACGAAAAUGGUAACUUCGUUGGGCCAACCAUCUUGACUGACGUGCAGCCCAACAUGAAGUGCUACACGGAGGAAAUCUUUGGCCCGGUGUUGGUGUGUUUGACCGUUGACACUUUGGACGAAGCUGUUGAGAUGAUUAACAACAACCCAUAUGGCAACGGAACGGCCAUCUUCACCACAAACGGAGCCACCGCCAGGAAGUUCGUCAACGACAUCGAUGUCGGACAAGUCGGUGUCAAUGUGCCAAUCCCAGUCCCGUUGCCGAUGUUCUCUUUCACUGGAUCCCGAGGCAGCUUUAUGGGCGAUUGCCACUUCUACGGCAAGCAGGGAGUUAAGUUCUACACCCAGACCAAGACUGUGACUCAGCUGUGGCGUGAGGGAGACGUUGCCCACACCAAGGCUGCCGUGGCAAUGCCAACAAUGAAGUAAACUAGGGAAAACCGGGAGCGGCGAUUCGGGUUAUUAUGUCUUCCAAGAAAUAAGUCGUGUGUGCAUUUACUAGAUUAAAGAAAAAAAAACAUUUACUGCAUUUAAGAUAUCUAAUAUUGAGUUAAAAUAAAAGCAACCACCUCAGGCUACAAUUACUGAAAGCGGAA